CAGUCGUGGCCACCAGGGGUCGCCGUCGGGCCCGUCCACAAGCCAGAGCAGGGGCGGGCCCGUUUCACUUGCCGGAUACUGACUGAGGCUCCGGAAGGAAAGGGCGGCGGAAACGAGGCAGAAGAACCUGAAUGCCGGCACGAUGUCGCGGGCUAAGGCAGCAGUGGUCCUGUGUAUGGAUGUUGGCUUUUCGAUGAGCAAUUCUGGUCCUGGAGAAGAGUCUCCUUUUGAGCAAGCCAGGAAAGUGAUGACAAUGUUUGUGCAGCGACAGGUGUUUGCUGAGAGUAAAGAUGAGAUCUCCUUAGUUUUAUUUGGCACAGAGAGCACUGCAAAUACUCUUGCCAGUGGGGAUCAGUAUCAGCAUAUUACGGUACAUAGACACCUUAUGCUCCCAGAUUUUGAUUUGUUGGAGGACCUACAAAAUGAGAUUCAGCCUGGCUCUCAGCAAGGAGACAUUCUUGAUGCUCUCAUUGUGUGCAUGGACUUGCUUCAAAAAGAAACAAUAGGGAAAAAAUAUGACAAACAGCACAUUGAAGUUUUCACUGACCUCAGUAGUCCCUUCAGUGAGGAUCAGCUGGAUGUUAUCAUUGACAACUUGAAGAAAACAGGAAUCUCACUUCAGUUUUUCUUGCCAUUUCCAGUGAAUGACGAAGAUGGAAGCGGGGACGUGAAUGACGGUGCACAUCCUAAUAGGCACCAAAACUCUUUUCCAAGGAAGGGGCUAACUGAACAGCAGAAAGGCGGCCUCCGGAUGGUGAGGAAACUCAUGUUUUCAUUAGACGAAGAAGGAGGUCUGGACGAUAUUUACACAUUCAGAGAAAGUCUGGAGCGUCUUUCAGUGUUUAAGAAAACUGAACGAAGACCAAUGCCUUGGCCCUGCCAGCUCACAAUUGGUUCUCAGUUAUCUAUAAGGAUUGUUGGCUAUAAAUCAUUCACUGAGGAGAAAGUGAAGAAAACUUGGAUGGUUGUAGAUGCCAAAACACUAAAAAAAGAUGAUGUGCAAAGAGAAACUGUUUACUGCUUGGAUGACGAUGAUGAAACAGAGGUCCAGAAAGAGGAUGUGAUUCAAGGAUUCCGGUAUGGGAGCGAUAUAGUACCUUUUUCUAAAGUAGAUGAGGAACAGAUGAAAUAUAAGACAGAUGGGAAAUGUUUCGCUGUCCUUGGCUUCAGCAAAUCAUCUCAGAUCCCAAGGCAUCGCUACAUGGGCAACCAGGUUCUGAAAAUCUUUGCUGCAAAGGAUGAUGAGGCUGCAGCAGUUGCUCUUUCGGCUCUGAUUCAUGCUUUGGAUGAGCUGGAUAUGGUGGCUAUAGUGCGUUAUGUCUAUGAUAGAAGAUCUCAUCCCCAGGUUGGGGUAGCCUUCCCAUUAAUUAAGAAUGGAUACGAGUGUUUGACAUAUGUUCAGCUACCUUAUAUGGAAGAUCUGAGGCAGUACAUGUUUUCCUCCUUGAAAAAUAAUAAAAAGUGCACUCCAACAGAGGAGCAAUUAUGUGCAGUUGACUCGCUGAUUGAUUCCAUGAAUUUGGUUUAUGAAGAUGAGAGAGAGGAGACAAUUGAAGAUAUGUUUAAAACCAGCAAAUUCCCAAACCCUCAGUUCCAAAGAUUGUUCCAGUGCCUGCAGCAUAAGGCAUUCCAUCCUGAUGCACCUCUACCUCCUAUUGAAAAACACCUCUUAGACAUGUUGGGGACACCCCAAGAAGUGACGGAGAAAUGCCAGGGUCCUCUUGAAAAAUUAAAAGCGCUUUUCCUCUUGAAAGACGCAGGCAAAACAAAAGAGCAGAAGACAGCUCAGAAUAUCUUUAAAGACAAUAAAGAAGAUGAGCCCAGUGCUAAAAAGGCAAAAACAGAAGAUGAUGAAGGUGUCUUUAGCGCUGCAAGGCUUGCUGAGGGCAAUGUCACCACUGUUGGAAGUGUUAAUCCAGCAGAAAACUUCAGAGUGCUGGUGAGACAAAAGAAUGUUAACUUCAAGGAAGUCAGUCAGCAGCUGAUUAACCACAUUCAUCAGUUUUUGGAAAACAGGAAGCUGCUAUACUAUAUGAAGAGCAUCAAUUGUAUAAAAGCUUUCAGAGAGGAAGCUAUUGAGCUGUCAGAGGUGCAGUGCUUUAAUGAUUUUCUAGAGGCUCUGAAAAAAAUGGUGGAAGAUAAAAACUUAACUGAUUUCUGGAAGAUUAUCAUACAAGAUAGAAUCUCCUUGAUCAGCAAAGAAGAAGCUGCAGGAAGCUCUCUGACAGCUCAAGAUGCCGAAAAGUUCCUGGCUCCCAAGGAAAAGCCCAUGGAUGUCUCACCAGUGGCAGAUGAAGGUGGUGAUGUUGAUGAUCUACUGGACAUGAUUUAAAUGAAUGGGCAGCGUCUGUGGAUCUGAAGACAUCUCUAAGAUCGAGGGAGAGGAACAUAAGUGAAGAAAGAUGCAGGUCAAGAAGUCUUCUACAGCUGCUUGGUUCCAGAGAGAGGUGGCUAUCUCCAAGGAAAAGUGUGGUGGAAAUCUUUGUUGUAUUAUUUGCCACAACCCAUAGUAUUUUUAUGUACGAAAUCUUCCUUUAAUAAGAUGAGUUCAUAUAAUCUGGUUACAUUGCCAUUUCACACCUUUUAAAGAAGUGUGUUAUAUUCACAAGAAAUUUUGAUGCUUUAAUUUCACUAGUGAAUAUCUCCUAUGGAGGGAGUGCUGUCGGAGUGAAAUCACAAUGGACUUCAGAUUCAGACACACACAUACUUUUUGGCAUGCUUAAAGCAAUGUUGUAUGUUCAUGACCACUAUAAAUGCCUGAAAUACCAAUAGAGAUCUAUUCCAAAGAUUUGUGCUCAUAAGCUGCAACCUAGCAAAACUUCUAGCAUUACAAAUAUUUACCUUGUACAGUCUCAGUAGUGUUUGUGUCCUUUCCAUUUCAUUAUCCUCUAGACAAACUGAAAAUCACUUUUUAUGCUCAAAAGGUUUGUUGUCAACUCAGGUUGUGGCUGUGCCUUUACAUGUUGAAAGGCAGCUGCUGUGACUCCCAUCCCACUCUUCCACAGGUCCCUUCACUGAGCUGUUUCAGCCUGCCAGGUGUAGCCAGCAGGACUCUAGUGUUGUCUGACAGCAAUGAGAAAAAGGUGAAUGAAGGUACCUGUGGAGGAGGAGAGUGGGAGUCACAGUGGCUAAACAAAACCUAUGAUGAAGUUCCUAUUGUAUGGCUCUGAUGUAUCCAUAGGGUUGCUCAGAUUGGGUACCAUAAUUUCCUUUCCUUCCUCUUCCCCCUUCUCCCCAUCAACUCCUCAUUUUAUCAUUCUAGGUUGUUUCUGGAGAGCUGCCUUUUUAUCUUUUCCUUCUGGGUCAUUAUCUUUGGCUGUUUUUGUUACCUGUCACUUUCCUAAAAUAACUGGUCUUAUGGUUGACCUCACUGUCAGAACCACCAAUGCUAAAGCCAUGGUACUUACAGAUUGCAGCCAGUUGCUCACUGGAUGCCGAAUUGUUUGUUAUAACUGUUUUUGUACUUAAAAGUAUUUUGUAAUAUUAUACUUUACAAUAUUGAUAUUGUACCUUGGGGAGACAAAAUACAAAGCGCUAAAAUAAAAAAAAAAUAAAAACUCAAGAGGAAAAUAUUAAAUGCUGACAUACAUUUGACAGGAAUAUUUUCGUCUUGUUCCUGCACAUCAUAUAAGAUGCCACCUUGUUCAAAAAACAGGAGUAUCUUCUUUGCUAGCCACAAGAGAAAUGGGUUUUAGGGCACUUCCAGGUUCUGGUUUUCCAUAAUGAAACAGGAGCAAAACAAGAAGUACCUUGUAAAACAAGUACCUUUUAACUUGGUUAGGGAUUAGGUUGGUUUUGUGUGAUGAAUAUUUUUUUCUUCCCUGCCUCAGUGUUGAUCUCUAGUAUGUUGGACUAGUAGUGAUCAGCACAGGAGUUGGCACAGUUGAUGUCUGGUUUGCAGGUGCCCAGCAUGCAGAAUCAGCAUGCAGGUCAUUGCAAAAGCACCACAAUCCCUGGAGAAACCAGUCUGGAAGCAACCUUCAUUUUCUCCAACAUUCUCCCUAUGCACCAAGAUCCAAGUACAUAUUUGCAAAAGGGGGCUCCUCCUGUUGAAUUCCGGCAGGUUCCCAGAGGCUGAUGGGCUUGCGGCUGUCUAGAAUGACCAGAAUCUUAAUGUUCUCUGUGUGUGUUUAUGUAUGUGCAUGUGUAUAUAGUUGUUACUACUUCGUUCUUAAAGUAACAAAUUGGUUUAUGUAAAUGUUCUGCUGGCUUCUUUUGAAUACUGAGGUCUGUUUCCCAGUUUAAGAAAUACUAGUUAAUUGCAUGACUUCUAAUCAAUACAUCUGUGUAUUUUUCUUCAGAAUAGUAGUUCUGAAGCAUAAUGCUUAUUUUCAUUGUUUUAAGAUGAUAUCCAUGUCUCAUCAGGCUUCAUAUUAGAAGAGGCAUUCUCUCUUCUGUGGAAGAGGAGGAAGUGCCUCCUCUUUAGUGUUCCCUGCUGUCCACAGUUUUUUCUAAAUAUAUGUAGUAAAGUUAAUUUUUAAAAUAAACAUGCUGUCCAGUUAACCAUGGGUACCAUCCUAAAAGCCAUUUAGAAGUUUUACAUAGAUUGAUCAAAUUGAUUAAGUUUGCAGCCUUGAAGAAUACAAUUAUUAAAAUACUUUUUGUUAAUAGAAA